AUGAAAUUCCUCAUCGUUUUUGCUGCCCUCUUUGCUGUUGCAUUGGCCGCCCCACGUCCAGACGCUGAAAUCCUGAAGAGCGAAAGUGAUGUUGGUCCCGAAAACUACAAUUUCGCCUACGCAACCAGCGAUGGAGUCGAACAUCAGUCGUCUGGUGUCUUGAACAAUGUCGGUUCUGAUCACGAAUCCCUUGCCGUCAAUGGCUCUUACUCCUGGACUGAUGAGAAGACUGGCGAAAAAUUCACUGUUACCUAUGUUGCUGACGAAAACGGUUUCCAACCCAGCGGUGCUCAUUUGCCAGUUGCUUAA